ACGCUAACCAUCUAAAACAGGGCUGAAGCGACAGAGUCGUAGUUCGGACUGCUCCUAUUGAAUCGACGUUAUUUAUCUCGCAAACCCUUUUAAGAUGGCACCCGCUGAAGUCAGUCAUACACCGAACCUCUCCACAAACAGAAGAAUGAAAACUCAAGACGAAAAAUACACUCACGAUCUUGCCUGCGACUAUAUUUACUUCCACAAAUUGGGAAUGGAGUCGCACAAAGCUAACACAAGAGUUGCUGCAAUUUUGCGGAGAGUUGGUGGAGAAGUGGAGAGAAGGCAUGAAGUUUUAUUGAAAAAUAUGUGCGAAAGGCUACAUCUUAGAACAGCUAAUGUUGAAGACACUUUUAGAGGCGUCGCGGAGGAAAUUUUCAGCACAGAAAUCAAUUGGGGACGUAUCGUAGUUUUGUACUGCUUUGCCGCUGAAGUUGCUGUAUUUUGCAGCCAAAACGACAUUAAUAUCGUCGACGAUAUUGUAAGAUGGCUUGCUGAAUAUGUCAGCGAGAGAAAACUCAAUGAAUGGAUCAGGAAAUCUGGAGGAUGGGAUGCAUUUUGUGAGCAGUUUAAAGAUGUCAAAGCAGAGAGUGAGAAAUUUUGGUGGAACAGUAUUCUUUACACAACACUGGGUCUUGGAACCCUGGCUGCAAUGUUGUAUGUGAAGAGCUAGACUCAGCUGUGAUGUAAUGUUCAAAACAACAGUUAUGCCUCAUUCCAGGUCAGGAUAUCUAUGGUACCAAUAUGCAUGGGCUUGCGAUUUGCUCCCUGAAAAGCAGAGGUGACUUAGAGGCUGCAAGAACCAUAGUUGGUCAACUUAGGAUUGUCAAAUAUCACAACAGACAGAAACAUGCUAGACAAGAUUAUGACCAUGUUAGUAAUCUAUGUUUGAACUGGUUCCUCUGCAGUGGAACCGUGGGAGUCAGAAAGAAACAGAGAACAUUGAAUUAAACCAAAAACAUCGACAAAGGGCUUGAUCUAAUCAGCCUGCAAGAAAAAUGCUGUGUGGACAUGUAUUUUAGGUCAAAGAUUUUUUCAGAAACAAUUUCUAUAUUUUACCUAGCUCCAGUUAUGGUUAGUUUUUUUUUAAUAAUUCUAGUUAUAUCAAUUUGGGUGAUUAUGAACACUUAACAAUACUUAACAAUAUCUUGAUCUAGUCAGAUGAGUUGAUAAACAAUAUUUAUGAUAUGACCCUAAUUUCAUUUUUUCCAAUUUGAAGUUAAUGAUUUUAACUUUUAUCUUACAGAUAAAAUUAAAGUAUCCAUGUUAAUGGAGAAUUUUAUUGAAUUAAAUAUGUUGAUCUUUUUUUAAGAAACAGCCUUAGUGUUUGCUCAUACAAAAUUUUGGCUUUUUGCCUGUGGAAUUGUUUUCCAACUUGGAUAAAGUUUGUUUAAGGUGGCUUUUUGCGUUAAAAUAUAUUCUCCGAAUGUGUUCCACUGGCAGUUUAAUGAGAACCAGGGGGAAAACUUAUUUUGAAGGGAUGAAAGUGUCUUUCGAAAAUGAUAAGAAAGCAUGAUAAGGUUACAAAUUUGUUUCAAGGAGUCCAAGAAAGGGCUAAACAAGAAUAGACCUGAAAUCAUUGCAGAAUGAGAGGAGAUGAAUGAUCUCUCAAGGCCAUUGUUUGAACCGAUAAACGGAUGAUUUCAUGUUAUGUAACAUGCGGGCAUUUUGUCAGUACCUCCUCUUGCCAAAUUUCUCAGAUUUUCAUCCAUUUAAGGUCAUUUUUUAUUUCCAAUGCAUUACUUCAUUUGCAUAAGAACAAUAGCCCUAUAUCACUGCCUUAUACAGUUUUUCCGGAAACUAUCUGUUGCUGGAGGGGAUGUAUAUGGCAGAUUUGAGAGUGGAUAGAGGAAUUGUAAUAAGCUUUAAUUUUACGGCGUCCUCGUAAAGGAAUUUAAGAACUGUAAAAGUGUGCGGCGCAAUUGGAGGCCUUGUAAACAAAUCCCGUAGGACAGGCGUGACCUUUUUGCAUUUUUUUAACGAUCGGAGACGAGGAAAGCACAAGAGAAUGAUCUUCUUGGUCUCCUGAAAAACGCCCACAUUCAAGUUUGGUCUACAAGCAGUUGUCACGAUUCACGAGGGCUACAACCGGAAGUGUCACCUCGAACCGCGGGUUUUCUAUGGUCGUGAAAAUUGUUUACAACGUUAGGGAUGUUUGGAUAGCCUACUUAAGCGUCUCAUGCGGAGGGAAGGUGAAAAAUAACUCUCUCUUCCACCAAAAUAAGCUGUUUUAGCAACGAAAACUGUGUUUACACGUGGAGAGCUCGUGAAAUUUCACUGUCACGUUUAAUUUUAACCUGCGUGGUAUCACGGAGAUCACGUGCGUAUUAAACUCGAUACGGACACUUGAAACUUUGUUCGUUGAGCUUGCGAGCUUGCCGUCCAACUGAACUUUGGUUGUUUACAUAAUUGAAACAUUGCAACGGUGGAAAUCCUGUGCAUACGGCUGAUUUCUCAUCUAAGUUAGGAACGAUGAUUUAACACGCAAAAACCGCCUACCAGCCUGCACCCUCCGUGACCUUCUCUACUGUCGUAGUUAAAUCCUGCACGUAAUUGUUUUUGUAUCUUAUUACAGGGAACUUCUUGCAACAUUCAAAUGAAACCAUUUUGAUUGUUUUUAGUUCGCCUCACUCCACUAACUUCCUCUCAAAUUUUAUUUUCCAGCCGAGUCGAUCGUGAUCUUUGCAAGCACAAUAUUCUCGACAAGGGACGCUGAUUGAGCUGUAUCACUCAAAGUAAUAAAUUAUUUGGUCCUGCGGGGAUUACAAAACGACCCCCUGACCGAAAUAUUUCUCCCUCAUGCGGCAUUUAUACACAGGGGCACUCAUAUGGGUCAAGCAAAUGGAUGAGUCAAGACGUUAUCUGCUAUUAAACCUUUUAACUCCCAGAUCUUUUAAGUAAUUCACCUCGCUGUCGCCAUACCAAUUCUUGUGAUGUUAGCUUGGAAAAUUUGGUAUUGGAUCAACCAAUAAUUCCUUAAUAGAUAUUUUUCUUUCCUCUGAUCACUUGAAUUCAUGAUAUUGUAUUGACAUUGUGAGGGGAAAUUCUGUCUUGGUCACUCAUGGGAAUUAACGGUUAAAAUAUUUACUGAAGGUUUGGUAGAAAACAGUUAGCAGCUAGACUUUGACACCAGGGUCAGAACUAAAAGGUUUCAGCAUGCUAGGAACAGGGAAAUGUCUUGCACAAAUAGAACGUGAUGCGCUAACUUAUCACAUGACUUACUUUCAACGCGAUUCAGCGGAACUUGUUCAAAACACGUCACCUCCAAUGUUCAACUAUGUGGUUCAUUCAAUCUAAAUCUCUUUUUACUCGUGAUAUAUAAAUUAUUUGUAAACGAUGCUUUUGCUCGUGAUUCUCUUGUUUUUUAGAAAUAAAAGACCCUAACACUGUCAA